AAACUGCAUUAAAAACGAUACCAGAACAAAGAAUCCUAAGAAAAUCCAUUGUUUGUUCAGGACAUGGCUGCGUUUACAAAGUUAAAAAUCGGUUGCAUCUGUUGCAAAGGAGAGCUGAUAAAUUGAGCCAAUCGCGUUAAUCAAAAAAAUACCCCAUAGAGAAGAAAAUCCUUAAUUCAGCAAAACGACAGAUUUUAUUUUUAUUUAAAUCAGAAUCCAGUACCUCUCUGCCCAAAGCCAACGAAUAGUAGACUAAAAAUGGAACCCUUACGCCAAAGAAUCUAUUUUUGGAUUUAUUAUAGGUGCAGGGGCUGUAUCCUGGCACUGCUGGCAGCGCAGGCUCAGUGUAGGCGUAUGGUGUAUACAUAAAUAGGCGAUAUAAGUCGCUGGCAUCACAGUAGAUAAGGAGAAUCACAGCGCAAACCAAGAUGGUUGGCUGUGCUGCUUUGAUCCUAGCUCUCUCCAUAGGAACUUCUACAGUGCGUGUUACUUCUUCGAAGUUGGUGGAGUUUGAGCCCAUUAACAGCGAACCUACUGUGGCGCCACUGGGCUGUCAUCGUCGGGUAUAUACGUAUAAAGUAACGCAGUCCGAUAAUCUGGGACAUGAGUGCUGGGACUAUGUGAGUGUAUGGUCGUGCUGGGGACGGUGCGACUCCAGCGAGAUCUCCGAUUGGAAGUUUCCUUAUAAACGUUCGUUCCACCCGGUCUGCGUCCACGCAAAGCGGCAGCCAGUGAUAGCAAUCCUGAAAAACUGUCACCCUAAAGCGGAAAAGAGCGUUAGCAACUACCAGUAUACGGAGGCAGUGAACUGCCACUGCCAGACGUGCUCCACGCAAGAUACUAGUUGUGAGGCUCCAGUCAAUAACAUGAUGAGUAGGGGCAGCAAGGCAAUCAUGAUAGGAGCCGAUACUGAAAACUUGGACUAUUAAGGUGUUCUAAAUGAAACAGUGUAGUCCAAAGG